AUGUGGCGUUCCGUGCGUUCCCGCUUGCUGGAUGCUUGCCAGAAUCGGAUUUCCGAUGAGCCCGUCGAAUCAGGAUCGAGCCUGAAACGGCAACAACAGCAGCAGAAUACUAGAGUUCCCUGGUACUUGGCCAGUGGAUUCCUCUUGUUUUGGGUUUUACUCUUCUAUGCUGUUGUGAUUCCACUAUUCUACCGCCUACCCACAGGUUUGACUAUUGAAGAUGUCAGCAAGGGUGGAUUCAUUGCCGAACGAGCCCAAAACAAUCUUUACAAUCUGGCCGGCAUUGGACCCAAAGUGGUUGGCAGCGAUGCCAAUGAAAAUCAGACAGUGGCCUAUCUAAUGAGUGAAUUGGAAUUGAUUGAGCAAAAUGUUUUAACUGACUAUUUUGAUUUGGAAAUUGAUGUGCAAGUCGUCUCAGGCUCUUAUAUCCAUUGGACCAUGAUCAAUAUGUAUCAAGGUGUACAGAAUAUUGUGAUCAAACUGAGUCCCAAGAAUACUACUAGCGAGAGUUACUUACUGGUGAAUAGUCACUUCGAUUCAAAGCCCACAAGUCCAUCUGCUGGUGAUGCUGGUUUCAUGGUCGUCACUAUUCUGGAAGUCCUUAGAGUAAUGUCUAGGACAAAGCAGACAUUCGAGCAUCCUAUUGUUUUUCUGCUCAACGGAGCUGAGGAGAAUCCCUUGGAGGCAUCCCAUGGUUUUAUUACCCAACAUGAAUGGGCACCGUUUAUCAAAGCCGUCGUCAAUCUGGAUGCAGCUGGCAGUGGUGGUCGAGAAAUUCUUUUCCAAAGUGGUCCCAAUAAUCCUUGGCUGGUUGAUGCCUAUAAGAACAAUGCUAGACAUCCUUUUGCCACUACCAUGGCUGAGGAAAUCUUUCAAACCGGUUUACUACCUUCGGAUACGGACUUUACCAUAUUUACCAAAUAUGGAAACCUCAUUGGUUUGGACAUGGCCCAGUGUAUCAAUGGAUUUCUUUAUCACACCAAAUACGAUCGUUAUGAUGCCAUACCCCGCAAUGCUUAUCAAAACACUGGUGACAAUGUAUUAAGCCUUGUGAGGGCCUUGUCCAAUGCCACACAAUUGCAUAAUCCUUCGGCCUAUGCAACUGGUCAUGCAGUGUUCUUUGACUUCCUUGGUUUGUAUUUUGUCAGCUAUUCGGCUACAACCGGCGUUUAUCUCAACUACAUUGUGGCUGCUUCAAGUCUAUUGUUAGUUUUCAUAUCCUUGUGGCGCAUAGCUGAUGUGUCGCAUAUAACGACUUGUAAUGUGUCCAGCUGGUUUAUCCUGAUCUUGAUCUUGCAAAUUAUUGCCUUUGUUUUGGGUGUUGGUCUGCCCGUUGUGGUGGCCUAUGUAAUGGACAUGUAUGGUCUGUCAUUGACAUACUUUAGCACUCCUGCCUUACUGAUAGGCUUGUAUGUGUGUCCAAGUCUGCUGGGAUUAAGUUUGCCUACAUUCAUCUACUUCAAACUGCAACGAAAUGACAAGAUCUCUUUCGGCCAUCACUUGCAAUUGGCUCUGCACGGUCAUGCUGUUGUCUUGGCUCUUGUUGGCAUUGCCUUGACUGUCUAUGGACUACGCUCGGCUUAUGUGAUUACCUGGACUCUAAUCUUCUAUGUCAUUCCAUUGGCUUUGAAUUUGCUAACAACUCUCCAUGAUCGUGGCUACUCUUGGAGUGGACUGCUUAAGGCCGUACAGAUUUUACCCUUCCUGUACAACAGCUACCUCUUCUACACUUUCCUGACCUUGAUGGUUUCCAUGAUGGGUCGUUUUGGCAGGGGAACCAAUCCCGAUUUGAUUGUUUCUGCUCUGACUGCCUUAGGAUCAGUUUUAGCUCUAGGUUUCUUGCUUCCACUCAUCAAUAUGUUCCGUCGUCCCAGCUUUGUUUUACUCAUUUUGUUGGCUGUGAGCGGCUUGACUAUAUACACUGCCACCUCAACUCAGAUUGGUUUCCCAUAUCGUCCUAAAACCAAUGUGGAACGCAUUCCAUUUUUGCAUGUUCGUCGCAUUUUCCAUGAAUAUGAUGGAACUGUUAGCAAGGACGAGUCCGGCUAUCUCUUCAAUUUCCAAGAUCGUCGUGGAGCUGCUCCUCUCAAGGCAUACAAAGUUAAUCUUACUGGCUUAGUUAGCAUUGAGUCGGAUUGCAAUACAUAUAUGUUCUGUGGUUUGCCUCUCUACGACCAUCGCUGGGUUAAGAAUCGUUUGAAGGGCAUGUGGUUGCCCAGAGAAGACCCCAUCACACCACCGGGAACGCCCGAUUUGCAGUUAGUUAGCAAAACGAUUUUAGCCGAUUAUACGACGGUGCGUCUAGAAUACAAUCUAACGGGUCCCGAUCAUAUGAGUUUAUUUAUUCAACCCUACGAGGAUGUCGUCAUUAGCAAUUGGUCUUUCCUGACCAGCUAUAUUCAAGCACCUGGAUCGACGAGUAGUUAUCCUCCUCCCUAUCAUAUUUAUUUCACUUACGGCAAAGACAAAUCUCCACUGCAAUUCUUCAUCGAACUUACCAAAGCCGAUGGCGAUUUUGAUGUACCUGUAAUGCAAUUGGGCGUAUCGGGUCAUUAUAUAUCCAGUCCGGGCGAUGCCAUCAGUACGAAAUUUGUCAAAACUAUACCACCUUUUGCAGUGACCGUCGACUGGCCAGCCACAUAUCAUCGUUAUAUUUUCUAAAAAGAAAGAAAACAGAAAAAGAAAUAUAUAUUAAA